GUGUCCCCGAGCGUGCAGAUCUGCGCCCCGGACUGCACGGCGUGGGACCCCUUGACCAAGGUGCGCGACCCCACCGACUGCACCAGGUACUACGUCUGCGCCGACACCUCCGGCAAUGGUGUGCUUUUACCAUCGACCGUGCCAGUGCAGUGCCCCGACGGACAGUACUUCAACGACCAGCACACCAACCCCCUCAUCAGCACCGCCCCCAGUGGCUACUGCUCACCACUCUGCAACCCGUGUGAGGCUCACUGCACCCACGCGGGAGAAGUCACUGCUAAUCCAGAGGAUUGCUUCAGUUACUAUGUAUGCCUUGAUGACGGACAUACUCUGUCCGUUCGCUGCCCGGCUGAAACACAUUACUUCGACUACAUGGCCGGGGAGUGCCAGACCGACACAACCCUCUGCUACCACUACUGCGACGCCUGCGAGCCCCACUGUACCCAGCAGAAUGAGCGUGUUCCAGAUCCGACUGACUGCCACAGGUUCUACCUCUGUACGCCGCCCACCAUGUCCAAUUUCCUGUGUCCCCAUGAACAGGUGUUCAACAGGGAGACUGGUGUGUGUGAAGCAGGGGCCAAGUGCAUUGUAGACUGUUUUAGCCGUAAAUGAUUGUCUUUGAUUGCAUUUGUAGAUGAAUCCCAUUAAAGAGCAAAAUAUAAUAAUUAUAUAUAGAAAAAUAAUAUUUUUCAUCUAUUCCUUUUGGCUGCAAGUAUGAAUUGAUAAAUUGUUUCCAUUUUUAUGUGAAAUAGAAAUGCAUUUUUAAAAAUAA